CAGGACGCAACAACCGGCCCGUUGAAAGGUUUCAUUGAUAUUAUAGAAUAUCAUGCUGAAGGCAUCGGGGGAAAGGAUGUCGCCAUAUUCCCAACUGCGAAGUUUCUGCCUAGGGAAAAGAUCUCAGCGAAGGCAAAGCCAGAGGACGGGCUGGAAAAUCAUGCCAUUGUCCUUCGUCGCACAUGGAUGGAGCACCACCACGUAUCGCUUCUCGUCAGCAUCGAGCUGGAGAUUUACUCAAAGCCUCUCUGUGUCAAGUUUCGGGAAAUUGCUGCCAAAGCAUACGAAACCACCGAUUUCCAAACGUAUCCGAUCAAGCUUAGAAGCCCUUUCUCCGAAUUGUUCUUUUAUCGAAAAGAGAUCAAAGCGCUUGCCGAAGAUGAUACCAUUGACGAGGAUCUGCGAAAGGCCGCCAAAGGUCUCGAUGAGUUUGUGCACAAACCCAACGGAUUCAUGGCUAGCAUCAUCCAAGACCACGACAGGUUUUUGAAAGAAGAAAAGGUCGUCAACGACAUCCUCUGGACAAUAUACCCACCGAACAGCUUGCUCGUGCUCAACACCGGGGUUUUGAAAGAAUGCUGGAUCUGCCGCAACGUGUCAACUAUGACCGAUACUCACACCGGCCAAACCUACUGGGUUGUAACCGGGCUGAGAAUCGAUUUUGACGGCUCAUCACCGGGUCUGACAAAGCAGGAAUUCCUCACCCCCUUGACAGGCAUGCGCCCACUGAAGAUAUCUGGGCUAUCCUUGAUUCCCGCUCGAAUCGCUACCGAUGCUCUUGGCGUUGACCUCUCAUCCUUCAUGUGCAAGACGUACAACGGACCGUCAUGGAAAAUGCGUCAGUUAAGUUUUUUGGAUGGAGCAAACCCCCUGUUGACGGCAAAGCAGAUCGAUGAACGCGUUAUGGUGGACUUUAAGGCCAAAUCCCAAGACGCACGUCUCCCAACCCUGCAGGAGAUUUGCGAUCCAUCCCGAAAAAAGGUUGUCGGAAAUUUGCGCUCCGCUGCGAGGGGUAUUGUUAAAAUGUAUGCGAUAAGAGUGGGAGAAAAGCCAUAUCAUUCAAUAAGAGCAAGUAGACUACGAUAUGACUGA